UUCCACAGAUGAAGAUAAGACAGGUUCGAGUUAAAGAAAGGCGUGAAGAAAGCUGUAGCUUCAAUUUAUGGCUAGGGUGGAUCUAACAGUGGAGGUGCAUAACCUUUCCAACAAUAUAAGUGAGGAUGACCUUACCAUCUUCUUCUCCUACUGUGGUACCGUCGACGACAUCAAGCUGGAGAGUGAAGGAGAUCACUCAAAGAAGGCUUCUGUGAUUUUUAGGCAGCCUUACGCCCAGAAAAUCGCUCUUCUCUUGGAUGAUGCUGCCAUUUUAGAUCGUCGUGUUCGCAUUAUUCCUGUAGAUGAUGAUUCGGCGAGCUUUUCGACGGAUUCUGGCCGUCCAAAGAGCAACAACAUUAAUUCUCAGGAUGCGGCCAUUUUAGAUCGCCGUGUUCGCAUUAUUCCUGUAGAUGAUGAUUCGGUGAGCUUUUCGACGGAUUCUGGCCGCCGAAAGAGCAAGGACAUUAAAUCUCGGAAUGAGAAGCAAAGCUCUCCAACAGCACAUCCAGUUGUGCAGGCUAUUAGUUAUGAAGCAUUGAAGAGGGCCAGAGAGCUUGAUGAGAAAUUGAGAGUGUCUGAAAGAAGCAGGCUGCUGACCCAACAAGCAAAAUUGGCAAUUGCCGCAGCGGAAAAAUCCAUGGGCCAUGUCAGAUCUGCGGUUGAGAACAAUGACUAUUUCUCUGCAGCCUUGCUUUGGCUAUCAGGUACACUCGAUAAGGCUGCCAAGAGCGCUGCUGAACUGGGUCAUAAUGUGGAAAGAGAAAUGAAUUCAAGGAAGCGGAAAUGAGUCCUUGUUGAUGCAUUCUCAUGAUUUCUGCCUGUAAAUCCAUAGGCUAAACAUCUUUUUAAUAAAAAGGAAAUAAAAAAUAACAUUUGUCGGCUUUCUCAAA